AUGUUUGAUUCUUUAUCCUUGAGUUCUCCAAGUUUGCGUAUAAGCAAUUUGGAUGAUCCUGAUUUUGUCAAUAGGCAAUGUUUCCCUGUAAUUGCUCAGCCAAUUCGCAACGAGGACUUUUCUAUUGACUUUAUCAACGUACAACUCAUACCAGAGAUCAAAAAUAUUAUCAAGCAAGACAAAAAGAACAAGUUUGAAACACUUCCAACAUUAAUUCGUUUAAUUCUCGAUAAUUUUCCGGAAGAUGGAUCUUCGAUCAUCAGGAAUGAAAUCUUCUCUACAAUCCAAUCAACAAUAAAAUUUGGCGGUCCAAGAAAGGCCUCUGAUUUAACCGAAUUAGCCGUUGAAAUUGCUUCUUCUAUUCCGAAAUACUACCGAGAUGAUAUCAUUUGCGAAAUCAUUUCUCACUUAUAUCAAGACGAAGAUCAGAAUACACGCAAGUUAGCAGUUCAUUUGAUAUCAAUUGUUCGCGAUUUCUGGCGCGUACAACAAUAUUUUAAAUUAUUAGCUCGAGAUAAGUCAUCAGUUGUCAGAGGCACAGUUCUUACAAUCCUUCCAAAUUGCAUGAUUGACGAUGAUUCAAUGAGAAAUAUUCUUAUCCAGGCUGCAAACGAUACACAUCCAGGCGUAAGACAAGUUGCAGCGACCGUCAUUGCAAAGGCAUCACCACCUCUCUUAGAUGAAUACAAGAAACUACUUUCUAGCUCUAUAACUGUUAGAUACGCUUUUCCAUCUUUACCGGAAAUUGUAAUGGCCACAUCGUUUUCUCAGAUCAUCGACGCGUUCUUUGAAGCUAUUAAGAUCGAUAGAAACGAUGCUGCCGUUGCUUUACUCGAAACAGCAAGCAAAGCCGAUAUCAAAUCAGAAGAACCACUUUACUUAAGAGCUGCAUCAGAAUUAGUUUCAUUUACUCCAUUCGCAUGGAGAUUGUAUUCAUUUGCACAGAAUUUUACUAACCAAAGUGACUUUAUCGAAUUAUUAGAUCCAUCUAACAUUCCAGAUUGGAGAACCAGAUACGCCCUCCUCAAACAAUGCGAGGAAUUCAUUCCAUUUCUCGGAAACCAAUUAGUCAGACUCGCAGAAAUUUAUUCCGAAGAUCAAACAGCAAUUAUCAGGAAUGAAAGCGCAAAUCUUUGGGCCAUGUUGGUCAACUCUGAUAAUUCAUUGAUCAAAUGCAUGGAAGAGAGACUUAUGCGUGGAUCUUGGCAUAAGAGACUUGUUUUAUGCAAAGUCAUCAAGCAAGUCGGUAUUUCCAUCUUUUCUAAUGAGCUUGUGAACAAGCUUAAGAACGAUGAGAUAUGCAACGUGAGAGAUUGCAUCAAUUUAUAA